AUGAGCGAAGGUGGCACAAAGUUGAAAGCAGCGGUUCUCAUCGUUUCCGAUACUGCAUCGAAAGAUGCGUCGACUGAUAGAUGCAUUCCGGUCCUCAAAGACGUCUUCGAUAGCGUCGGGGAUAACCAAUGGGAGCUUACCGAGAACCAAAUCGUACCGGACGAUGUCCUCGCGAUACAAAAGACCAUUCGCUGGUGGACAGAUGGUCCCGAGCCUGUCAACCUAAUCGUGACCAGCGGAGGAACAGGAUUCGCCACGAAGGAUGUUACACCCGAGGUGCAGCAGGACAAGGUCACCAUCACCACCAUGGACACGGACAUGGACACUCCCACGGACCUGGCAGUCAUGCCGGCCCGCGACCUCACACAAAGCCGGAAGAGCGACCUCAGUCUAAUGACCCCACUGCAGGACCCAGUAGCAGUUCCAGAUGCUCUCAAGCUUAUUUCCGAGCAAACACCGACCCCCACCGUCGAACAGGUUCCAGUCAACAUGAAGCUUGGAGGCGCUGUACUGGCUGAAGAUGUGAAGGCCGCCGAGUCUGUCCCUGCCUUUAGAGCAAGUAUCGUAGAUGGCUAUGCUGUCAAGAUCCCGAGCUCGGGCAAGUUUGAAAAGGGUGUCUAUCCAGUCACUAUCAUAUCGCAUGCUCAGCCAGGAGAAGUCAAGGAGCUCAAGGAUGGGGAAAUUGCGCGUAUCACGACCGGUGCACCACUACCACCUGGUGCUGACGCUGUCGUUAUGGUCGAGGACACUAUACUAAAAAGUCAGACGGACGAUGGGAAAGAAGAGAAGGAAAUUGAGAUUCUCACUGAUGAGAUCAAGGCGGGUGAAAACGUUCGUGAAGUAGGAAGUGAUGUCAAGGAAGGCGAAAUCAUUCUGAAGAAGGGCGAGGGCAUCACAGUCAUAGGCGGCGAAUUCGGCUUGCUGGCUUCAGUGGGCACUACGAAGGUUUCGGUCUACAGGAGGCCAGUGGUAGGUGUGUUGAGUACAGGUGACGAACUCAUUGAGCACAAUAGAGAAGGUCCUCUGAGGCUGGGUGAGGUCAGAGAUACAAAUCGACCAACGCUCAUCACUGCUGUUCGAAGUCAUCGAUUCGAUGCUAUCGAUCUUGGGGUCGCAUCAGACAAGCCUGGGAGUCUAGAGGCAACUCUCCGCGAUGCUCUCCGCAAGUGCGACAUGGUCAUCACGUCCGGUGGCGUUUCGAUGGGCGAGCUCGAUCUUCUCAAGCCCACCAUCGAGCGGAGUCUCGGUGGCACCAUCCACUUCGGUCGCGUGAACAUGAAACCAGGAAAGCCCACGACCUUUGCCACUGUGCCCGUCAAGGAUGACGACGGGCGCCGCGUGGACAAAGUCAUUUUCAGCCUUCCUGGCAACACGGCAUCUGCCAUCGUUUGCUUCCACCUCUUCGUACUCCCAUCCCUGCAUCAUCAGGCUGGCAUCAAACCAACGGGACUGCCAAGAGUCAAAGCUACGCUGGACGGGGAUAUCAGGAUGGACAAGGGACGACCUGAGUAUCAUCGCGCACUCGUGGUAGCCAAAGAGGACGGGCAGUUGUAUGCAACCUCCACUGGCGGACAGAGAAGCUCACGCAUCGGAAGCUUCAAGGGUGCGAAUGCGCUACUCUGUAUCCCUCAGGGCGACGGCAGCCUGAAGAAAGGCGCCAACAGUAGAUGCGCUGCUCAUGGGUAA